AUGCAGGUAAAUGCUUCCAAUCACGGCUUCAAGGCCAUCAUCGAUCAAUUUCGACCGGAUCUACAGAAGUUCGAGCAACUUUAUCGCCAGAUACACGCUUGUCCUGAACUAUCCGGCCAGGAAGAGGAGACGUCCAAAAUUGCCGCUGACUUUCUCCAGGGCUAUGGAUUCGAAGUAUACACUUACAUCGGUGGGUAUGGCGUCGCCGGUGUCCUCCGAAAUGGAUCCGGCCCAACGGUCCUGUUACGGGCAGACAUGGACGCCUUGCCCGUCCAGGAGAAGACAGGCUUGCCAUAUACAAGCCAGAAAACCGUCAGGAACAAUGAAGGGGAAGAAAUACCCGUGAUGCAUGCCUGUGGACAUGAUAUCCACGUUGUAGCGCUGAUGGGAAGUGCUCAACUUCUUCAUGAAGCCCGCCAACGGUGGUCAGGCACACUGAUCUGUAUCUUCCAGCCAGCCGAGGAAACUGUGAGCGGCGCUCAAGCCAUGGUUGACGAUGGCUUAUAUGAAAAAGUCCCCAAACCAGACGUGGUUCUGGCCCAGCAUCUCAUGCGCGCGAGAGAGGGGACCGUCUCCCUUCGGUCUGGCCGGCUAUUCACCGCUGGUGAUUCGUUUGACGUGCGCAUUUACGGCCGCGGCGGACAUGGCUCGGCGCCGCAGGCAUGCAUCAAUCCCAUUGUGAUAGGCGCGUCCAUCGUUACACGACUGCAGACUGUGGUGAGUUGCGAGGUGGCCCCCGAAGAAUUUGCGGUAGUCAGCUGUGGUAGCAUUCAAUCCGGUCACAAGGCAAACAUCAUCCCAGACCAGCUGGAUUUGAAACUCAAUAUCCGAACUUACAAUGCUGAGACAAGAGAGCGUGUGAUAUCGGCCAUCAAGCGCAUCAUAGAGGCCGAAUGCGAGGCGGGUGGGGCGAUUGAAAAACCGCUGAUCCAGUGCAACCAGUCCGUCCCAGCCACGAUCAACGACGACGCAACCGCCAAAACACUCCAGGCCACAUUCGGGUCCUACUUUAAAGAUAACCUGAUUGACGCUGGGCCCCUCUCAGCCAGUGAAGACUUCACGAUUCUGGCGACGGCGGUGGGGGCCCCGUACGUGAUGUGGCUAUUUGGCGGAGUCGACUCGAAGACCUGGGAUGAUGCGAUGGCGAAGGGAACUGUAGAUGAACUCCCCUAUAACCACUCGCCUUUCUUUGCUCCAACCAUUGAACCAACCGUCCAGACUGCCGUGGAUGCCAUGUCCAUCGGGGCGCUCACGUUCCUCAGGCAAAGAGUUUAA